AUGGAGGGUGUGAAAAUUUGUAGAGGUGGUCCAAGAUUGUCUCAUUUGUUUUUUGCAAAUGACAGUUUGAUUUUUUGCAAGGCGACGUUAAAGGAGUGUGAUGAACUACAAAGAUUGCUUGCCGUGUAUGAGAAAGCUUCCGGUCAACAACUAAACCGUACAAAAACAUCGUUGUUCUUUAGUAGUAACACUUCAAGAGAUGUUCAAGAGGAGAUAAAGAAUUGGUUUGGUGCCCAAAUAAUUAAACAACAUGAGAAGUAUCUUGGCUUACCUUCAUUGGUGGGGAAAAAUAAAAGAACUACCUUCAAUGCUAUCAAGGAGAAAUUGGGGAAAGUUUUGGCGGGUUGGAAAGAGAAAUUACUUUCAAAGGCGGGGAAAGAAGUUCUAAUCAAAGCAGUGGCUCAAGCAAUUCUGACCUAUACUAUGAGUUGUUUCAAACUUCCAGACUUGCUUUGUGAUGAACUAAUGGGAAUGAUUCAAAAUUUUUGGUGGGGACAAUGA